AUGCUAAGUGGAAGCCCUUAUCGCUCCUCCUCUCUCUCCCAUCGUCUUUCUCCCUCCCCUUGCCCCUACCGUUUGCCCUCCCCUCGCCCCUCCUUGCAAUUUCCAAUCACGUCUCCUCUCCCUCCGCUCGUCUUUCUCCCUCCACUCGUCUUUCUCCCUCCCCUUGCCCCUACCAUUCGCCCGCCCCUUGACGUCCCUCAGCCUCGGUUCGUGAGUGUGGAGUCUGGGUGCAAGGCACUGCUGUUCGUGAGGAUUAGAGAGGAUGCCAGGAAGGGGGGGAAGGGAGAGAAGGGAGGAAAGCAGUUGGAGGAGGGAGAGGAGAAGGAGGAGGAGGGUGAGAAGGAGGAGGUGGGGAAGACGGAGGAAGGGGAAAAGGAGGAGGAGAAGGGUGAAGGAGACAAGGAGGGGAAGGAGGGGGAUAAGGCCGGGGAAAAGGAGCAGGAGAAAGAGCAGGAGGAAGAGGUUACAGGAGGAGGAGAGAAGGAACCGGAGAAGGAGGGACAGGGAGGGGAGGGGGAGAAAGGGGAGGCAGGGGGAGAGCAGGGAAGGGUGUCGCCGUGUGAGUUGGCAGAGGCGGUGCUGCGGCAUGCCAAGGCCACCCAGCAGUCAGCCACUCGGUGGGUGUGGGGUAGUGGGUGUGGGGCAGUGGGUGUGGGGCAGUGGGUGUGGGGCAGUGGGUGUGGGGCAGUGGGUGUGGGGCAGUGGGUGUGGGGCAGUGGGUGUGGGGCAGUGGGUGUGGGGCAGUGGGUGUGGGGCAGUGGGUGUGGGGCAGUGGGUGUGAGGCAGUGGGUGUGGGGCAGUGGGUGUGGGGCAGUGGGUGUGGGGCAGUGGGAGUGA